CGAGGGCCAGAAUGACACAGUUUCAUCCAUUCCCUCCUUUUCUGUGUCAGGACGACACACGGCCUGCAAUGACAAAGCCGAUGUUCACCUGGAAGAUGUCUAGAAUGUUCACUGUCAGAAAUGUCUUCAACGGAAUGGCAGGUGACUUGCCCUUGCUUCUCUCCGUCACUUCCGGCUUCUACCGCAACUCUAGCGGACCUCGGGUUAACCACAUGGAAAAGUUCGAGACCGGGGAGAUGCUGUUUGCCUUCCAGAGGGCUUUUCAAAGAAGAGUGCUGUUACACGACUCUCAAGACAGGACACUGAGUCUUCCAUUGUUAUCGCCCAUUCUCUUCAGAGUUAAUGGCGAAGACAAGGCGACGAAGCUUGACGAUGUAGUGAAGACGAUGACCCUUCCCGUGAGGCUGAGCUUUGCCCAGAAGGAGGACCUGCUCUUCAUCGUGGACCGCAGCUACAGGACACACGAGUACUUCGGAGACCUGACACUCGUGUCGGUGUACCUGGAGCCUUUCAUCUGCUGUUUGUUGAUUGGAAAUGAAGACGGACAGGUCACAAACCAAGUCGUUUCUUUGCCCUGCCGACUGCGGCAGUUGGGAAUUUCACUGGUGAAAGGAAUCCAAGGAGAAAGUGGGCGUCAGGAGAGGUUCAGAGGUCUCCUUAAGACUUAUGUGGAGACUGCUGAGAAGUUCUCUCUUCCGGAAGAUCCUUUUUUCAAAGAACUCGCUUUUGUUAGCAGAAAAGCCCCGAUCAUGAAGGAAACUGAUAUUCCCGAUUACAUAGAUGAGGACACAUUCAUAAACAUCCUGAUCAAAGUGCCACGUCAGCCACAAGACGAUGGACAUGUGAAGGACCUGCAGACAAGAAGAGACCUGGAGAGGCCUCAGUACGAGACACUGUGGCCCCCAAACAGAGACACUCACAUGUACCAUCUCCCUCAGUCUCACUUUGAUGCCGUGAAAGAUUUUCCAACAGAAGGAAACUUGAAAGGAAUUUCUUCAACGUGGAGAACUAACCCUGCUGUGCAGACCCUUCGGUCAAUCUCUUCGUCAAGGGAUGUCAUCGCAAAAGCUCACCUGAAGGGAUCGACAGAAUGGAAUGUCUCCCCACCUAUUCCGUAUCGGCCGGAAGUGGCGCCCCCAUCAAAGGAAUUCAAAUCUGAAUCUUCCACAAAAGCAUUGGCGACACCUCCGCCGCCUCUUCCCAGUCGCCCAGUGGCACCCUCGUCAAGGGAUGCUACUCCAUCAUCCUCGAAGGCGCCUCCACUGCCACCUGUUUCUCACCGAGUACCUCUGAGGUCUGCACGUCCUGGAGAAGCAAGUGAACAUCCACAAACCUUCACGAAGCAUGCAGCGUCCAGCAGACCAAACCCUUCCCGAGUCCCUGACCAGGCAAUGUCAAGGUCCGCCAGACCAGCCAAAGGUCACAUUAAGCAUUUCAACAUCGAAAGGUUGUCUGUUGACGAUGUGUGUCGACGUCUGGAGGACCUAGGGUUAGAGAAACACUGUAAAAAGUUUAAGAAAUCUCUCAUCGACGGAAAACUGUUGAAACGAAUAACUCGGAGAGCUUUGAGGGAGGAUUUCAGACUGAGUGAAGUAGAGAUCGUCAAGCUCAGCGCCUUUAUUGACGAGGGACACAUCCCUAGAUAAACAAUGACUAUCAUAACACAAUGCAGGUUUUAGAGGAGAGCUGAGUGGUUACAACGCUGACGUUCAUUCUGAGAGGCACUCAGCUCACCUCCCCCAGUCCACCCAGCUGGCGGGAAUGGAUACUUGACGACAAGUAGUCUUGGGGAAGGAUUUUUACUAAAUAGUCGGUGCUAGCAUGUAGCUGAGGCUGAGAGCAAGAGGUGAGAAGCAUUCAGUCACCCGACCGACACACUAGUCAUUCACCCAUUAGAAAGACAGCACCAUUAAUAAAUUAAUCUUAAUAUCCAACUAUCCCGAUAUAUUGUGGAACAAUUUGUGGCAUCUAGUAAAAGCACACAAAUAUUCUUUCAGAAGCAGUGGCCCCCAUUUAGUCAUUUAAAUAACGGUAUCAUUCGCGAAAAAGAGAACUUUUAAAGUAACAGGGUGGCUUAGAGAUAAAUGCCAUAUACAGCAAAUGUUACAGACUGAUAUGAUUUAUGCAAAUUUAACCAGUAUUUCUGUGACAUCUGCCUUUUUAGUCCGGAAAGUGUUGAAAGAAGGCAGGUAAAUGAAACUUUUGCUUACAUUGUAGCAGAUGAAUAG